CGCAGCCAGCCCGCCCGGCACGGCUCGGCACGGCUCGGAGCCGUUCUCUGCGCUGGGAUAGGAGCCGUGCGACUCGGAGCGUCCCGGUACAACAAGAAGGGCUGGCACGGCACGGCUCGGCUCAGACGUGCACAUGGCACAUCGCGCUUGGCACACUUUGGUUUGGCACAACGUGGCACAGCUUAGCCCUCCGUGGCACGGUUCAGCCCCGCGUGGCACAGUUUGGCGCAGCUGAGCGCAGUUUGGCGCAGCGCACAAGCAAGCUUGGCGCGCUGGGGCUUGGCACAGCUCAGCACAGUUUGGCUUGGCACGGCUCAGCUCGCAGCCUGUGCUGGACACCGAAGGGCGCAACCCGCCGCGUCCCACCCAGUGUCACCCGUUACCACGCCUGGGAGGGGAUGGGUGACGCAACGCCGUCUGGCCCCCGCCCUGUCCCCCGGGACGUCACCCCACGUCCCCCCGGCAGCUCUGACUCAUUGCCUCUCUGCCAAAACGGCUGCUCCAGCGGCUUCGAGUUGUCCCCCACGCCACUGGGAUUUGGGACACCCCACCCUCCCAGAUGUCCCCACCUCCCCGUGCCACUGCUGGCGGUCCCCAUCCUGUAUCCCUCCUUGCUCUCUCCGUCCCACCACGUGGAGCCCACCUUGGGCAAGGAGAUGUCCUGUCAGGGUGGCAUGAGUGUCACCGGGCUUGGGGACAGUGUCCCCCAUAAGGCUGUGCCUCAGGUGACCCUUCAGGUGACACAUCCGAGCCUGGUGACAGCUCAGGUACCACCUGGCUGUGUUCUGUGCUGCUGGGUUCUGAGUCCCUACAUCCACAUGUGCCACCACCCCUGGGCUCAGGGAGCUGCCACUGAGAAGGGAGAACUUAGGUGUGGUUCUCAGGGGGCUCCUGCCCCUUUAAGCCCUAAUUAGGAACAUGCCUUUAAAAAGUCCCAUGGGCCUCAGUCCUCUUACCCUGCUGGACCAGGCCGGUGAGGAGCAGGUGGGCUGAGCAAGCUGGUCCUCCCACCACCCCCUGCACCCUUCCCCACCCCGGCACUUUUAAGCUCCCCUCCCAUUGCCAGGUUUUUGUCCAGCUGGCUUUGCCCCCUGCUUUGGGGGAUUUGGGUUUUAGCCCUGAUCUUGCACUCUUUUUGCAGAGCCCCCCCCUCUUCACCCCUUUUCUCUUUGUGCUGAGCUGAGUUCUCUGGCAUGGGUGCUGUAGCGUGACAGCACCCCGGGACCUCUUUCUGCUUUACCUUUGGGGGGAACCCAUGAAGCAUGACCGCAGCGCUCCCCUAAUCCUGCUGUCACCUCACCUCCUGUCACCCACCAUGGCUUUGCUCCGGCCCUUUACCGCUCUCCUCCUCCUCACCGUGCUGCUCUCCUGGGCUGCGAGCCAGACCCCUCCCUUGCCCCUCUUGCAAGCUCUGCGGGCGCAAGCGCCAGGUAGCCAGGGCUGGAGGGGAGGGGCAGCCAGUGGGCAGCCCCUGCGCUACAUGCUGGAGCUGUACCGGCGUGCUGCUGACCACGAGGGGCGGCCCCGGCGUGGCCGCAGUCUGAGCACCAACACCGUGCGCCUGGUGCAGGCGGCUUCCCAUGAAGGACAGCCCUGGGCAGGUCGCUGGUACAUGCAGCCCCUCACCUACCGCCUGGCUGCCCAGCCUGAAGCCGAGCACCUUCUCCGUGUCACCGUGGCCUACCCUCAGAGCCUGCCACUGCCCCGUGGUCGCCUCCUGUGUGCCGUGGAGCUGCUGCCUGCUGCCAAAGCCCCGGCGGUCCUGCUCAGCCCCACCGCCCCAUCCCGCCACGGCUGGACCGAAGCAGACAUCACCCCCUAUUUAUCCCCAGCAAAUAGCAGCUCAGGAGGAACGCUGACCCUGCGGCACAUCUGCGUGCGAGCUGGCCGAGCCACCGCAGCCAACCCAGCGUCCCCUGCAGACCCUUUCCUCCUCCUCUUCCUCAAUGACACCCGCAGCGGGACGCUACCGGAGCCUCGGCGCAGCCGGCGUGAGGCAGGGACGCUUCUCCACGACCUGCCCAGCUACCUGCGGGAUGCUGGAGGGGACAAAAGUGAUUGCUCCCUGCGCUCCUUCCCCGUCAGCUUUGCCCAGUUGGGUUGGGACCAUUGGAUCAUCGCUCCCCAUCGCUACAACCCGCGUUAUUGUAAAGGAGUGUGCCCACGGCUCCUCCGCGAUGGCUACCACGCGCCCAACCACGCCGUGGUGCAGAACUUGGUCCACCAGCUGGUGGAUGCCAACGUCCCCCGACCCUCCUGCGUCCCCUACCGCUACAGCCCCAUCAGCGUCCUGAUGAUCCAGCAUGAUGGCAGCAUCCUCUACAAGGAGUAUGAGAACAUGAUCGCAGAGUCCUGCACCUGCCGGUAACCUGUGCCCGGAGCUGGAUUCUUUUUUUUGGAUGUAUUUUGAUGCUUGGUGGGUGGUUGGUUGUGUUUUUGUGGGUUUUUUGUUGGUUUUUUUUUUUUGGAUUGGGGAGGGGUUUGUCUCCACUCUGGUGCGAUGCUCUGAGGGAAAGUUUUACAGUUUUAUGGAAAACUUGUAUAAAAAAAAUUAUGUAGGAUUUUAAAGGUGGGAGCCUGCCCUUAGCAUCCCUCUGUCCUGCAUUGCUGUCUAUUGUGGGGGCUGGAGCAUGAAGCUGGUGGAGAGCGUGUCUCCAUGCUGUCACCUGCACCCAUAGGACUCAGUCCCACGCACCCCAAGCCAUCUUGUCCCUGGGUAUUUUGGGGGCUCCCCCCGUUGCAGCCCCAAUCCUGGCUUUCCUUGGGAUGGCUAUGAAAACUGGUGGGACGUGGGGAUGGUAGUGUCACCCCAUUGCCUCUCUGUCUGCUGUUCCAUGUGGGCUGGGCUCUGCUCUGAACCUGUCCUUGUUCCCAGAGGUGUCCCCCAGGCCCACAGCCUGGCUUUCCUCUAUUUAUUGCUGACUGUGUUAAUAAAUAAAUUACUGAAUUUUGCUAAAGCCCACCUCGGUGGCUCCUUUGUUCCACUGCUGGUCUGUGGCUGUGCACCAAGCUCCAAUCACCUUCUUUUGUGUCUCCUACACUUCUCGUUCCGCUGUGACAUAAGGAGCCCCGAGUUCCCCUCCGUCCCCGUGCUUUGGUCACUGCAAUCCCGAUGGCAGCGUGAAGGAGAGUGCUUCCAGUC